UUUUUUUUUAAGUCACUUUUUUUUUCUCUUUUUUGUUUUCUUUUUUUGGCAUAAAAAUGAUACUGUGGUUAUGUCUAAAAAUAGAAUCCUCACCUUUUAGAGACAUAUACUGUAAUAUUUCUGGAUGAAAUGAUAUAAUGUCUGUGAUUUGCUUCAAAAUAAUCCAGAGUAGGAGCAAGUAGGUACAGGUAUAAACCGGAAAGAGGUGAUAAAUGAAGCUGCAUUAUGAGUACAAGGAGAUUCAUUAUACUCUUACAAGUCUGCACUACUUUGAAAUUUUCUUUAAGUUAAACAUGCUCUUACACACAAUAUAUCUUUAACAUUCAGAAAAGAGAAGCAUUUAAUAAACAUUUGUCACAAAAAAUAAAGUUUGUUUACAACUAAUGUAGGAAAGACUAAAAGGACACAUACAAAAUAGCAGUGAUUGAAUUACAGAAGUGGAACUACGUUUUUUCUUCCCUCACUUAUUUCCAAAAUUUUCUUAGUGUAUAGGUACUUCGCAAUUUUUAAAAAUAAGCUUAGAAAGAUACCUUUGAAAGAUCAAGAUAAUAAAAACCUCAGAAAACAAUCUGUGUAUGAACUGCUGAAUGAGAAACUAAUUUGCUCUGUAAACUUUCACCAAAAGGACAAUAAAAAGAAAAAAAGAAUUAACUGAGAUAACAUAUAUAAGUAACCGGUUGCUGUCGAGUCGAUUCCGACUCAUAGCAACGUAUAUAAGUACUCGAUUUAAAAAAAAAAGGAUAAUAAAAAUCCAUUUAGUUCCUCGUUACUGUGGCUCCAUGCUGUCAAUCUUCAAUCCUUACUGUCCCAUUUAAGGUCUACCAAGUUAUCAGGUUAACAAAACCAAAACUUUAUCCAAGAAUACUGAAACUUUAACUCACUAGCUUAUUUUGUGAAAUGUAGUAGUGAUUUAAUAACUGAUACCUUUGGGGGGGAGGUAUGUGUCUGUUUAAAUACUAGUGUCCAUGAGUCAUUUAGGUAUGCGAAACAUUCAAGACUAUCAUAUACAUAACAAACAAUCCCAAGAGUAAGGUCUCUACAUAGACAACUUCAACCUAAAAUGUUAUUAUUCUCAUUCUGAAAACGGUCAUCAUUUGGCUUUUCUUUCUCUACUAUUUUUUACUCAGCCUCUAUUUCCUGAUUCAGACUGCCUGCUGUCAGAAGUGUAAAGGAGUGGACACAGGAGACAAACAUACCAAACCAAAAAGGUGAGAAGGACCCAAAAGGCUAAUGAGAAAAGCUUUUGCAAGAGGCAGUUUGAAGAAGGCUACCUUAAAACGUAAACAAUUUCUUACAGGUAACAGCCCAUUAGCCACUGCUUUAGCCAGUUUGAAGGAGCCUUGGUGGCGUGGUGGUUAAAGAGAUCAACUUCUAAUCAAAAGGUCAGGUUCAAAACCACCAGCAGCUCUGUGGGAGAAAGAUGUGGCAGUCUGCUUCCAUAGACAUUUACAGUCUUGCACUCGAUGGCAGUGGGAUUGGUGGUUUGGUUUUAGCCAGUCUUAAAUCAAUUCAGCUGCCUUUUUUACCCUUCAAUUAGCAGUUAAUUUCUGGACAUGAAUCUUAAACAGAAAAACAUUUGUAUUUGCCUAAUAAAUUACAUUAAUAAAAAACAACAGAAUAUGGUUUGCAGAGUACAACAGCACAGAUACACAAAAAAUUCAAAAAUACCAUUCAUAACGGCAUUUUCCAUUAUUUGUUGAGAAAAAUAAGGAAGACUCAUGUGCCGGCAUAAAUUUACUAAGAAAUGAGUACUAAGAUUUGAGAUUUGAACUGACAAACCUGUAGAGUUUGGUUACCCAUGUUCAUUUUCUUUUUAUAGAUCUGAAAGAGCAAUACCAGAAAGGCAAUCUCAGAGAAUGGCCUCCUUGAGCUCCAGCUACUGGAACGAAACGACUACAUCUAUUUAUCAGUACCUCGGUUUUCAAGUUCAAAAAAUUUACCCUUUCCAUGACAACUGGAACACUGCCUGCUUUGUCAUCCUGCUUUUGUUUAUAUUUACAGUGGUGUCCUUAGUGGUGCUGGCCUUCCUUUACGAAGUGCUUGACCGCUGCUGCUGUGUAAAAAACAAAACCGUGAAGGACCUGAAAAGUGGACCCAACCCUCUCAGAAGUGUGAUGGACAACAUAAGAAAACGCGAGACCGAAGUGGUCUAGCACUCUAUACAAGAUGAUAAAAAUCUUUGAAAGCAGCCUGCAACCCCUUCUGAGUAAAAAGAAAAUAAUUUUCUGAGGCCCAACCGUUAUUAGAAAGCUGAUUCCGACUUUGAAAGGUUAAAAGAUCCCUAGAAGAAAGGAGUUAAAUAUGCACCUUUGCGUAUGUAUGCCUUUCAUUAAAUCUAUAGUAAAACUUCAUAAACAUAAGUAAUUUACAAAGCUGUUUAAAAUGCCACUUCAAAAACUGGAUGAGGGUUGCUAGAAAACAUAAGCAAGGCUAAUGAUUCUAAAAUAACUCAAACAAUUCGUGUACACUAAAAAAAUAGAACACUAUUAUCCUCCAUGUGUUUUAGUAAUAAAAAUGCUAUUUAAUAUGCUUAUCUAAAUCCAAAGUAAAAUAC